CGCUGUGAAUGCGCAUGCGCCUUCCUCCGCGCUCCGCUAUCCUUGCUCGCUGUACUCAGCCCGACGUUGCUUUCUGUCUAAAACGCACGCGCAGUAGCUGUCAGAGAGCGAGUCUUUGAAGCAUAGCAAAGAAGUGAAAUCCAUUGAGAAUACUCUGUAAAGCAGGUUCUGCUUAGAGAGGAUUUAACAUGUCACUCCGAUUUGGGCAGCAUCUCAUCAAGCCUUCUGUGGUGUUUCUGAAGACAGAGCUAUCAUUUGCACUUGUGAACAGGAAGCCAGUGGUCCCGGGUCAUGUUCUCAUUUGCCCACUCCGUCCUGUGGAACGUUUCCGUGACUUGCACCCUGAAGAAGUGGCUGAUUUAUUCUGUGUGACACAGCGGGUUGGAAAUGUGGUAGAGCAACACUUUGGCGGAACUUCUCUCACCAUUGCAGUUCAGGAUGGUCCCGAAGCCGGGCAGACUGUGAAGCACGUCCAUGUCCACAUACUUCCAAGGAAGAAUGGUGAUUUCAGCAGAAAUGACAAUGUCUAUGAUGAGCUUCAGCAUCAUGACAAAGAGGAUUCCCCCGGCAAGUGGAGAUCUGAGGAAGAAAUGGCAGCAGAAGCCGCAAUCCUCAAGAAGUACUUCCAGUGAAACAGGAGGUAACAAAGCAUCUUCAGUGAAUACAAAAGCAUAAGAAAAUGAGGAAGAAAGGAACAAUUGUUCAUUCUCUGUUGGAUGGAGCAUUGAAGAUUAUAAGAUGGCAGUGAAUGUUACCGUUACUAGAUAAAUUCCAUGGGAUGUGUUAUUGUGUUUUGGUUAAGAUACCCAGAUAAGUCCUAUUCAGAAUGUCCUGAAAUAGUUUGUUCUUCGUGGACAGCUUGGGAGUUAACCUUUAAAAUUGUUCCUUGCUGAAUCUUUGCCUUUAAAAUUGUUCCUUGCUACAGUCCUGUGUUUCCUUGGUCAAAAAUGAAAUAAAGUAUAAAAAUAAA